AGGCGCGGGCAGGGCUGGUCGAUGGCCUCAACUUCAGGAUCUUCAAGACCCCCAGCUCUUUUAUACCUCUGCCCCUUACAUAUAGGGUUUUUGACUCGAUGGAAUGCCACCAAAAACAGUUCCACCAAUCUUUGAGCAAUGAGUUCGAGACAGUUCUUCGACGACAACAGAAUGUGCUCGUGAGGUACUGUGGCCAUAUACCCAGGAACUACCAGUACAAGGAUGGUGUCCAGCAGGUCUUCCUCAUCUUGCGGGAGCAUCUGGGGGAUGAGAACCUCGAUUUGGCUGGCGGAGUACUUUACGAGCUGAUCGAGAUCGAAUGCGAACAUACUCACGAUUCUGGCGCCGCAUUUCAGCGCUGGCGGCAUGACCACAUGACCCGAUAUUUUGAUCUUGAGCUUCCUCACGUUCCUCAUAUGACAACUAUCACCCUGUCAGUUGUGCCGACCAAGAAACUUAUUCAGUGGCGUGCAGAGCAUCCAGACAGAUACCCUUUUGUCCUUUCGGAUUCCAAACCCCCCGAGGAGAGGAUCUCGGUCGAACACAGCUGUAUUCGAAACCGGAAACCAUGGUUGAUAGAGAACACAUUCUAUGUGUCUUCACAGACAACGGGAACUCUCCCCCUGAGUUCUCCAAAUCCCAGAGAAUUCCAUGAAAUGCAGUGGCAGCCGCAAAAUAGGAGCGUAGGUAGGUUGGUACACGAAAAAGAGAUCUCGAUCGCGAACUCAGAUCACUGUAGUGUUUGCACUCCUCCAGGGAUGGCUACUACCAAGAGCAGUAUGGGAAAGCCCUUCCGAAUAUCCCGCUCCAGUCUUAUCAACAAGCUUGCGGAUAAAAUAUACAGAGACAAGAAAGAACCUGUGUCGGAACAGCACCGCCGGAGUUAGUUACCCAGUAACCUCUUCGAUUCCAGUUCAACAUCUCAAAAUGAGUGUGUCACUUCCACUCAUUCGCCAAUUCCUCUUCCGGAAGGC